AUGGGUACGGCAAACCAACCAUCAAGCAUCUGCUUCCUUCGCUGGAUCGGCUGGAUGGACACGAUCAACGGGAUCCAUCUGCACGACGAUUCACGCCUAGCUCGGGCGUUCGAGUACACGUUUUACGCCCUUCAGCUGGUGCAGCUGCUGAAUGGCUACAAUUUUGCAGUGCUGUGCAGCAGCGACACCAUCUCGCUCGAAACGUUUGCGGAACAGUUCAACCAGUUCGGUGGCAUUUUACUGACCCUGUCCCGUGUCAUCGCGAUUCUCAAGGACACGGCCGAGUUCAUCAAUGCCUGCAAAUUUCACCAUCUUAACGAGCGAGCAGAAGAGAUCCGUGCCGGAACCAUCCACAACGCAGCCCGAUUCCUGUCCUCGCUCCUAGCCGUCCAGAUAGUAACGCUUAUUUUCUGGUUCGCGCUAACUGAGCUGCAGGCCCACCGGCAGGACGUGCUGCUGCCCAUAUUCAUCUAUCUACCGUUUGACGCUUCCCACUGGCCACUAGUCACAAAGGUAGCGUUUCGGUUGUACGCUUACCUUGCGUACGCUCAGCUGAUGCUUACCUUCUUCGGAAGCUAUAUCAUCACGAGCAGCUAUCUGCUGACGCUUACCAUCGAGCUUCGCAUCUUGAACGAUUCGUACGCUGCUGCACCGACCGACCCGCAGCAGUUAGAGGCAUUCCUGAAGGAACGGGUCGUCUACAAGGCGGCACUGCUGCAGCACAUCCGAACCAUCAAGCGACACAUGAACGGGAGCGUUCUGUUGGAGCUGUUGUUUAUCGUGUGCCUGCUUGCGCUCAAUGGGUUACGCCUGUGCACCACCACCACCGAUCUUAGCGAGCUGGCACUGUCUAGCAGCAUGAUCCUGAUCUAUCUGCUGGAGCUGUUCCAGUACUGCUGGCAGGUGGAUGAGAUGGAGCUGCUGCACGAGGGUCAAGCGUUCGCCGUCUACUCAACCCCAUGGGCGGGUGCCAUCAUGCAGUGGAAACCAUUCCUGCUGAUCACGAUCCGUAUGGCCCAGGUGCCGUUGCGCUUCAUGUGCGGUGGGAUGUAUCAACUGUCUACUGAGCUGUUUGCCUCCGUUGUGCAAUUUAUCUACUCACUCAUUAUGAUGCUUUUACAGUUUAAGUAA